UUCUUUUGCCCUGAUCAUCAUAACCAUCCACUACUAUACUGCAUGUACACUGCUCUCCAUCUUUUCAAUUUCCACCAUUAUUCAACAUAUAUGGCUCUUCAUCAUCAUCAUCAUCAUCAACUUCUUCUUUCUCUUGCCAUCAUUUUCUUGUUCACUUCAAGCAAUAAUGCUCAAGCUCCACCUUCACCUGGCUACUACCCCAGCACCAAGGCUGGUUCCCUAGGAUUCAACCAGGGUUUUAAGAACCUCUGGGGUCCUGAGCAUCAAUCUCUCGACAAAGGAACAUUGUCAAUCUUGCUUGAGAAAGCUCAUGGAGGGAGUGGCUUUAAAUCUCUCAAAUCAUAUGGCUCUGUUUAUAUUGGUGCCUCCAUGAAGCUCCAACCUGGUUAUACUGCUGGAGUCGUUACAUGUCUCUAUCUUUCGAACACAGAACAGCAUCCCAAAGACCAUGACGAAAUAGACAUUGAGUUCCUGGGAACGACGCCGGGUAAGCCAUACACCUUGCACACUAAUAUAUACAUGAAAGGAAGCGGAGAUGGCGGACACACUAUCGGACGUGAAGUCGGAUUUAAACUUUGGUUCGACCCCACCAAAGAUUUUCACCAUUAUGCUAUCCUCUGGAAUCCUUCAGAGAUCAUAUUUUUCGUGGACGACGUGCCAAUUCGACACUAUCCGAGGAUGAGCGAAGCAACAUUUCCACAAAGGGAAAUGUAUGUGUACGGAUCGAUUUGGGAUGGGUCGUCGUGGGCGACGGAGAACGGGAAGUACAAGGCUGAUUAUAAAUACCAACCCUUUAUUGGGAAGUACAAGGAUUUCAAGGUUAGUGGUUGCGCGGCCAACGCUUCAGCCGUGUGCCGGCCGAUACCCGGCUCCCCAAAGGGUUCAACCGGGCUAAGCAACCAGCAAAUUGCGGCCAUGGCAUGGGUGCAGAAGAAUCAUAAAGCAUAUGAUUAUUGUCAGAACCCCAAUAGAGACCGCACCCAAACACCCGAGUGUUAGAAGCUCUUAAGAUGGGCUCCACUUCCCAUGAAUAGGGGGAGAAUAGGGGGAGAAUGGGGGAUCCUCCAACUUGUGAAAUAUAUGUGUAGUUUGUAUAUAUAUAUA